CGUCAGACUCCGAGGCCGGCACCCGCGCUCCCUCGCUGCUCGCGGCUCUCCCGCGCCCGGGUGGUCCGACAGCUGGGCUCGCCGAGGCUGCCUCUCCGGCCCCCGCCCGCCAUGAGGAGUGCGCAGCCCCUGGUCCUUUUCUCCCUGGUUGCCCUUUGCCGGCGCGGGAUAAUACACCUUGCCUACAUACUUGAGGACUCGGGUGUGUCAGCUGCUUCUUAAGCAUGGUCCUGGGGCCACCUGCAUCAGAAUUACCCCGUGCAGAUUCUUGGGCCCCACCCUAGCCUCACAGCAGCAGAAUCUCUGGAAAUGGAGGCAGGGAACCUGCCUUUAUACAAGCAUCCAGGUGAUUCUUACACAUGACUGGAGAAGCUACUGAUAAUAUAUGGGGACUGCCGCAUGGCCAACGCGGAGGAGAAGCUCGUGGACGACCUUCUGAACAAGACCCGCUACAAUAACCUGAUCCGCCCAGCCACCAGCUCUGCCCAGCUCGUCUCCAUCCAGCUCCAGCUCUCCCUGGCCCAGCUCAUCAGCGUGAAUGAGCGGGAACAGAUCAUGACCACCAACGUCUGGCUGAAACAGGAGUGGACCGACUACCGCCUGGCCUGGAACAGCUCCCGCUACGAAGGCGUGAACAUCCUGAGGAUCCCCGCAAAGCGCAUCUGGCUGCCUGACAUUGUGCUUUACAACAACGCCGACGGGACCUACGAGGUGUCCCUCUACACCAACGUGGUGGUCCGCUCCAACGGCAGCAUCUUCUGGCUGCCGCCCGCCAUCUACAAGAGCGCCUGCAAGAUCGAGGUGAAGCACUUCCCCUUCGACCAGCAGAACUGCACCCUCAAGUUCCGCUCCUGGACCUACGACCACACGGAGAUCGACAUGGUUCUCAAGUCGCCCACGGCCAGCGUGGACGACUUCACGCCCAGCGGCGAGUGGGACAUCGUGGCGCUGCCGGGGCGAAGGACGGUGAACCCGCGGGACCCCGGCUACGUGGACGUCACCUACGACUUCAUCAUCCGGCGCAAGCCCCUCUUCUACACCAUCAACCUCAUCGUCCCCUGCGUGCUCAUCACCUCGCUGGCCAUCCUCGUCUUCUACCUGCCGUCCGACUGCGGCGAGAAGAUGACGCUGUGCAUCUCCGUGCUGCUGGCGCUCACCGUCUUCCUGCUGCUCAUCUCCAAGAUCGUGCCGCCCACCUCGCUGGACGUGCCGCUCAUCGGCAAGUACCUCAUGUUCACCAUGGUGCUGGUCACCUUCUCCAUCGUCACCAGCGUGUGCGUGCUCAACGUGCACCACCGCUCGCCCGGCACCCACACCAUGGCGCCCUGGGUCCGCCGCUGCUUCCUGCGCCAGCUGCCCACCUUCCUGUUCAUGAAGCGCCCGGACAGCAGCCCUGCGAGGGCGCCCCGGCCCGGCCGGCUUCGCCCGACCGGGCUCGAGGCCGCCAGCACCUCCAGCCUCUGCGGGAGCUCCACGCGCGCUGCGGCUCCCCAGUCCCCGGGCGGCUCGGGCCCCCGCACCGCAGGCCUCCAGGAUUUCCGGCCAAGGCCUUCCGGGAGGUUCCAGCAGGAUGUGCAGGAGGCCUUGGAGGGCGUCAGCUUUAUUGCCCAGCACAUGAAGAGUGACGACCGAGACCAGAGUGUCGUUGAGGACUGGAAGUACGUGGCCAUGGUGGUGGACCGGCUGUUCCUGUGGGUCUUUGUGGUUGUGUGUGUGCUCGGCACAGUGGGGCUCUUCCUACCUCCCCUCUUCCAGACCCACACACCUCCUGAGGGGCCCUAAGCUGCCCUGCGUGCCCCAGGGCCCCGGGGUCGUGGGGUGAGAUGACACGAGCGGCCACGUGGGCAGUUUCCUGCUUCCUCCUGAGUGACGGCUGAGGAGGCCCCAGGUACCUGAGUCCAUCAGCCAUCAGCCCCUUCAAACGGCCACGGCCGGGGGAGGACAGAUGGGAGCCCUGGACCGUCCUCUCCGAAGGCCUUGGAGGAGCCCCAGCAAAGUGGCGGCGGAAGGAGCUCGGCCAGGCUCCGUCCCCGCGCGCGGGGCAGGAGGAUGCCACCACUGCAGCACCCGCUGUGUACCGGGAAUCUAGCCAUAUCCCGCCCACCUCUCACCCCAUCACCCUCCACUCCCCCAGCCCGCGAGGCUCGCUGGUCUUCUCUCAGACCCUCCCGGCUCAAAGCCCUUGCAUUUGCUGGACCUUCUACCCAGACCUUCCUCCCCCGGUGCCUCCCAAGCUCCGGCGGUGGCUGCACCGUCCAGGGCUCUGCUCCGAUCCACGCUUUGUGCCCCAGUCACCCCAGGUGCCUCGAGCCCUCCUCAGCUCACUGUCCACACGUCACCCGCUAGAGCAUGAGUUCUGUCAGAGCAGGAACCUGGACCUUCGUUUGCGUGCACCAUCCCCAGGGCCUCGGACGCGGCUCCGCACGCAGCAGGUGCUUAAUAAAUGUCCGUUCAGUGAA